UCUCGAUUCAAAUGGAGGAUUGUGGUGGGAGUUUUGAAUCGUUGUCAACAAUUCAACCUAGUGCUCGUCGUUUAGAUCCUUUUUGGGCAACACGUUUAUGGCAGAAAUUGAUUAAAGAAGCUGUGUCAAAUGUAAAAGUUUGCCGACAAAGACAUUUUCUGAAGAAUUAUGACAAUGUAUUUAAUGGAGAAGAUCUGGUGGAUGUCAUUUUUUCCUCCUUAAAGCAAUGUUCUGAACUUGAUGUUCAGCGCAUUGACAGAACUAAUGCUAUAAAAGUAUGCCAAGUUUUGAUGGAGAAAAAGAAGCUGUUUGAAAGUGUAGUUCCAAAAGGCAACCUUAAAUUUGAAGAUAGCUCUAGCCGACUUUAUAGAUUUGUCGAAGAUCAACCUGAGGAAGAAACCGGAAAAGAAAAUAUGGAAGAUAAAGAAAAUUCCAGGUUAGUUUCAUUUCAACAAGACAUGGAAAAUGUUAUUGUGUCUCCAUAUGAUCUUAAUCGUAAUUUGCAAACACCAGAAAGCCAAGAGGUUAUUAUCAUAGAUAGUGUUAAAAGAAGCAGUAAAAGACGCUCUUUUCGGAUAAGAACUCCACUUAUGCGAGUGAGAGACACAAAGCCUAGUCCAGUUCGGUUAUCCAAGAGAAAUGUACGGGACGCUGAUCAUGAAGCUUUUGAACAACUGAGAGAAACAGCCUUAGCAGUACUUCUGCAACUUGUUGAAGUUCCUGUAUUAGAAAAUCUGCUCUCUGUUCCACCUGAUCUGUCAGAACUUCCUGAAGCUCCACAGCCAUUUGUAUUAGAGAAUGAUUUUACUCCAAGGAAAAUGAAGCCUUCUAAACAGGAUUUUCGAGGUCCAGUUGCAGAUAUACCCUGGGUGAAAGCAGCUUCAGCAUGUUUAGGAGGACAGCACCCUUCAGGAAUUUCUGGUUUGUGGUCAAUUCAAGCAUGUAAAGUGCUUUGUUACAAAGCUGUUGUGGAACGCUUUUCCUGCUCACCCGAAUCUCUAAUUCCUGGAGAAUAUUUUCCAAUAUGCAUAGCAAUUGUAAAGAUGCUAAAAGGAGAACAGAGGAAACGUGCCCUUCUUGCCCUGCAGCUCCUAGUUUUCCAUCUGCCUUGGAAACGAAAACAUCAGCUUCAGCAUUUACUCAAUUUUUUGCACCUGGUUGUUCAAGAUCUGUUUGUCAGUGUUGAUAAAAAGGUAACAAAUUAUGAGGCUGUUUUGCGAGAUUUUCUUCCCAUUGUGUUUAAGCAUCCAUUGGUAUCUGAAGAACCACAGAAAAUUUUAUUUGAUUUUCUGCUUCUAAAAUCUGAAGCUGUUUUUUCCAUUCCCAUAAAUCUUCGAAACAUUAAAGAGUCAGGUUUUGGAUCAUGUAAAAAGGUACAGAGUAAAAGCCUACAGACUUUUACAAAAGAAUACACUUCAAAAUGUCUAGCAAGUUUAGCCACAAGUGUAGUUGAUAGCACUCAUAUUAAACUUGCUGAAAAGAAAACUUGGCUAAAAAAGUUUAAAAAAAAUCACCCAGAAGUUUAUGAUGCAUGCUGCUUUACAGAGUGAUAUCUUCAGAUAUACCAAAUGUUUCAUGUAAAGAUUUUUUUUUUAAAUUUCUCGUAAUAAAUUUGCAUUCCACUUUCUUCAUAUAUACCAAAUGUUUCUUAUAAAUUUACAUUCCAGUUACAGUUACCAAAGAGGAAAUAGUUGAUAAUAAUAUUAGAUAUUGCAAUAUAUUAUGAUGUGAAACUAAUAUUUACAAUUAAAUGAUAAGCAAGCAUAUAGUACCUGGAUCUUUGAAUCAUUUAAAAAGAUGCUGAUUCAUCUAUUCUGCAUUAUGGAACUUUUUUCUGCACGUGUUUCUAUUUUUUGAUAUGUAUUGGACAGUUAAAAAAGAUAAGAGCUCUCACAAUAUACAAGACAGGAGAUUUAAUAGUGAAAAAAAAUGAGUAUUUACACUUAGGCUCAGAAGACGUGUUCACAAGUACAUUAGGCAUUCUUUUCUUCAGAGAAUCAUUCCCUUCUUGAGUAAAUUGUUAAUGGAAUAUAUACUAUAGUCAGCUUACCUAAAUCUACCUGUCAAGGAGCCAGCUGAAUAGUAUCUAAUAGAAUGUUUUGUAACCUGUAUCUGCUAUAAAUAUCACUAACGAAGUGUCAUAAUUUGAUUGUAUUGAAAAUUAACACUAGAUGCAAUUGACAGUGACUCACAUAGCCUUAAAGUUGCCUCCAUAGUUUGUUCAUUAUCAUUCAGGGUACCAAAAAAAUAUAAUAAUGCUAAUAAUAAUAAAGAAAAUUUGAAUCUGAAAGGUUUCAGGUUUUAAAUUACGUCCAAAGGGGCAUUUAUUUAACAUUUUGUGU